AUGGCCAACAAACAAGGAAAAAUGGCGGGCUUAGUGAAUUGGAGAUUAAGAGUCACACUUCAAGACGGACGUCAGCUUGUCGGCCAGAUGCUAGCAUUCGACAAGCAUAUGAAUCUUGUUCUUGCAGAUACUGAAGAAUUUAGAAGGGUGAAACGAAAGGCAGCGAAAGGAUCAGCUGCUCCUGGAGCAGCUACUAAUUCUGCACCAAUUGUCGAAUCCGAGGAGAAACGUGCGCUUGGUUUGAUUAUCCUUCGAGGUGCUCAUGUUAUCUCCCUUUCAGUAGAAUCACCGCCACCUGCUGACCCUGCUGCGCGGCUCGGUGCUGCACCUGGGGCUCCGACCUCAACGCUUGCGCCUGGUGCGGGAAUUGCGCGACCCGCAGGAAGAGGUGCCCCAGUCGGGCUUGCUGGACCCGUCGCUAUGGGUGCUCCUACCGGUUUUGGAGCUCCAGGAUUCCCGGGCGCACCAGGAUUUGGUAGAGGGGGGCCUCCUCCUUUUGGUGGAUUUCCCCCUCCUGGAUUUCCUGGACAAGGACCACCUCCACCAGGAUUUGCACCAGCUCGGAGGUAA